ACGCACAUUCCUCCAAACUCCAAAAACCCAACAAGCCCCAAACCCCUUUCCUUCUUCUUUCUUCUUCUUCUGUAGCUCAAUCGUGUUUCCCUGCUUAUGUCUUCAGGAGUUCACAGAGAUGUCAAAGCUUCCGCCUUUUUCAAGCUAAACUGAGCAACGGGAUCUACAGAGUUUUUCGGGGAGGUUCUUUGGUUUGUUGUUUAUGCUUGAAUAGAUGGGGGCUGAGAUUGCGUCCGAGUCAUGGUUUGGUAGUUUAAGGUUUUCAUGGAGUCGUGUGGUGGAUGCUGAGAAGCCUGUGGUUGGAAUUCUGGCGUUUGAAGUUGCGGGGUUGAUGUUAAAGAUGGUUAAUGUGUGGAACAGUUUGAGUGAAACGGAUAUAAUUAGGAUGAGGGAAGAAAUUGUUAACUCAAUUGGGGUGAGAAGGCUUGUGUCCGAAGAUGAUGAUUACUUGAUGGAACUUGCACUGAAUGAGAUAAUUGAGAACUUGGGAUACCUGGCAACGCGUGUGGUCAGGCUUGGGAAGAGGUGCUCGGAUCCUAUGUAUCACAACUUUGAACGAUUUUUCGAAGAUCCUCUUGAGAGUGGUCUGCAAUCAUUUGGGUGGGAGUACCGGUGGAAGAAAAUGGAGAGGAAGAUGAAGAAAAUGGACAGGUUUGUUGCAAAUACUUUGCAAUUGUCACAGGAGCUGGAAGUGCUGGCGGACCUUGAGCAGACCCUGAGGAGAAUGCGGGCUAAUCCUGAGUUAAAUCAAGUCAGAUUGUUUGAGUUUCAGCAGAAGGUAAUAUGGCAACGUCAAGAAGUGAAGAAUCUACAAGACAUGUCUCCUUGGGGUAGAACCUACGAUUAUGUUGUCCGACUUCUUGCAAGAUCCCUUUUUACAAUAUUAGAGAGGAUCAAACAGGUCUUUAGUUGUGAUCAAAUGGCUUUUGGAGAGGGAAAUGAUAAUCAUGAAGUUAGCAUUUCUGAAUAUCAACUUAGCAGUUCUCAUUGUCUCUCUCGCAGUCAUUCCUUUUCUGCUCUAAUGCACUCUUCUGUUCACCCAUCUGAUGCUAAUAUCUGUGGGUUCUACUCAGGACCUCUUGGGAAGUCAGUUUCCAAGCAAAAGCUUACUGCUGGUAAGACUAGAACAAAAAAGCAGCAUCAGCAACCAGUUCAACAUGGAAAUUAUUCGCAAUUAAGAACCAAACGGUUUUCUCAAAUUGGACCUUUUAAAGGAUGUAUGACUGGUGUAGGUGGUUCUCCAGUUCUAGAGAGCUGCAGGCCAAACAUUGGUGGUUCUAUGAGGUUGAGCAGUACUAGUAUGAAACAUACGAAGUACACACAUAUGGCAUCUCAGUCUGUCAGCAGCAGGAUCUAUUCUAAAUUGUCCCUGUUCAGUUCAAAAUGUUCCUUGUUGACUGCCCCACCAUCUACACUAGGUGGUGCUGCCCUCGCUCUGCAUUAUGCAAAUGUCAUUAUUUUGAUUGAAAAGAUAGCUUCAUCUCCUCAUUUGAUCAGCAUUGAUGCCAGAUGCGAUCUAUACAAUAUGUUAACCACGAGUAUACGAACUACUCUCAGAGCUAGGCUCAAGUCAUAUCCCAAAACUACAGUCCCAUCAGUCUACAAUCCUGCCCUUGCAGGAGAAUGGGGUCUCCAACUCGAACAGAUUCUGGAAUGGCUUGGUCCGCUUGCUCAUAACAUGAUGCGGUGGCAUUCUGAGCGCAAUAUCGUGAAGCAGCAAGAAGUUUCCAGCUCAAAUGUGCUUCUGGUACAGACACUCUACUUUGCGAAUCAGGCUAAAACUGAAGCUGCAAUCAUAGAGCUUCUCAUAGGUCUGAACUAUAUAUGCAUGAUCGAUGAAACCAACAGGAGGGCUUUGCGAAAUGCUGGUGGCAGCAGAGUUUAUGAUGAGUAUAUGCUCCAAAGGGUCGAAAUUGCUUGAACACAUGAUCUUAAGAACUGCAAAGCGAGCUUUACUACAUGCACAGGGUCUGUAAGAUGGAAAAUGAAGUCAUAUGGAGAAGGAUAGGUUACUUAACGCUUCCAUGGGACUGCUCGAAAUGAUCGGAAAUGGCAUUGGGAUGUUGCUGUAAGCAUCAAAUGUAACUCAUUUACAUCUUCUUGGGCAGAGUAGUAGGGGUUUUCCUUAUUUUGUUCUUUUUUGGGUUUGCUUGGAACUCAAAAAUUCUUUAAUUUGUUCAUAGUGAGAUAACGAUUUGGCGCCCCUACCAUGAUUUUCUUGUAAGACGGAU